AUUUAAACCAGGAAGUGAUUCAGAAAAAAGUUUUGUUUUGAUUUUGCGUCAUCCUAAUCUAUUUCGUUUUAUGAGCCCUUUUGGGGCGAGAGCUAGAUUGACAACCCCCUCCUGUAAGGGGUAGAUAUAGACUUAAAAUAAUGGUACUUAAAUUAGUCCAAUUCUGGGCACAGCCCGCUGUAAAUGACGGUUCAAUCUUUGCACUUUUUUCAAAACUCAUCCAAAAUGGUCGAAAAGUUAUCCAGAAAAAUGUUCAAAAUAGAAUUGCCAAAAAGAGACAAACUGGACAUUCGGAGAAUCAAACAGUUGCACCAACACAAACAUCACGGUAUUUCAACGUUCAACCGAAAAGAGUGACAUGGUUUUCCAAACUUGCUGCAACCCGAACUACCGGUGUCUCGUUUGCUGGGAAUGUUGGGCGAUACAUGGCACCAAAUGCUGGAAGACUAUCUCUCUAUGCUUUUGUCGGAGUUGGGUUUGCUUCCAAAUCUGGGCUGUUAGAUUGUGAUAAUAGAGGCGAUGUUAUAUGUGAUCAAAUCAAGGAGCUUUUCAAGCCAGUGUCAGCUGAGGGAUGGAAGAAUGACUGUUGUGUCUCUGGCUUGGAUGACAUUGACAUUGGGUCUAUGAUAGCCAAGGGAAGCAAUGCUGCUGUCUAUGAAGCCAGACUCCGAACAGAAUGUGAUCAGAUGAAUGAUAUGAAAUGUGAUAUGAACCCUGAUAAGGAUGUGAUUGGACUGAACUGCAUUCAAGAGAUUUUUAUGGAUAUAGAUGCUGACACUUCUGAUGGAGAGGACACAUCUAGUAAUGCUGACACUGUUACUGGAACAAUAGAGGGCAGUGACACUUCUUCUGACUCCAAUGAUGAUAGUUUCGUUAUUUUAGAUGACGAGGAAUCAUGUCACUCAGAUUCCACAUUGAGUAGUAUUAAUGAUGAUUCACCAUUAGAGAUGACACCAGACAUGACACCUGAGUUUGACUUGGCCAUCAAGAUGGUUUGGAACAUGCAUGUUCCAUCAAACCCUGCAUUGAUAAUGCGAGUGAUGGAAAAUGAAGCGUUACCAGCAAAGAUGAGCUCUGCUUUUGAGGAUUUGGAGAUGUGGGAGAAUGGGAAUCGGGUGAAGAAAAAACGGUUACCACCUCACCCCAGUAUUGUUGACAUGCAGAGUGUGUUUGUGGCAGAUGUACCUGAGUUAGAUGGCGCUAUGGUAGAGUUCCCAGCAGUCCUACCGCAACAUCUCAAUCCUUACGGAUGUGGCAGAAAUAAAACCAUGUUUUCUGUAAUGAAAAGGUAUCCGUAUACUUUGAGGGAAUAUUUAGCUUCCAAGGAAUUGGAUUCCCAGAGUGCUAUGUUAAUAUUGUGCCAACUUGUAGAGGGCUUGGUUCACCUUGGACAACAUGGGGUGGCCCACAGAGACAUAAAGACAGACAACAUUCUGGUGGAAACUGAGCCUGGAGGUUUGAAGAACAGAGUUGUAUUGAGUGACUUUGGUUGUGCCAGUAUGGAUCAGCUGAAUGGCCUGUUGAUUCCGUACAAUACAGACAACAUUGCAAAGGAGGGGAACCCAGCUCUGAUGGCACCAGAGAUUGCCAAUGCUGUCCCUGGUAGAGACUCUUGGCUGGACUAUAGGAAGUCAGACCUGUGGGCCCUGGGAACCCUAGUUUAUGAGCUACUAGGGGAAAGAAAUCCCUUCUACUGUCAGGGUGUAUCAGCUGGUCUGGACAGUAGGAGGUACACAGAAGAUGAUCUGCCGCAACUUCCUGAGAAUACACCAAGGAUUUUUCGAAAAUUGGUUCAAUUAAUGCUGAUAAAGGAUCCAUCAAAAAGGCUGAGUCCACAAGUACUGGGAAACAUUCUGCAUAUUCUACUAUGGGGCCCUCCACAUUGGGAUUGGAGUACAAAACCUGAGUGUUUACCCAAUGAUUUUGAUAUUAUUGGUUGGCUCAUGAUCCUUUCAGCUGAGGUCAUCUGCAAGAGAAUAGGUCAAAGGUCAUCCAAGCUGGGGUCAUGUGAAAGUCAAGAGUCAACAACAAUUGAUGUAGAAUAUGAACAGAAACAUUUGUUUUUAUCUCGCUUGUGCUUUAGAGAGCUUAAGCAAUCUUUCAAUGUCUUGGCAAUGCUUGGUGACAAUUAAAGAACUCUAUUAAGGAACUCUGAGCAUAGAUGCUCUGAGGAACAAUGAAACUUAUAGUAUUGUGAGUUUGUUACUCAUUAGGAAAGAAUGCAACACAUUUGUUAUUCAGAAUUUUGUAUUGUUUUUCUUUUAGUUUUAAGUUAAAAUAAAGUUCUGAAAUGUCAUCAAAA